UCAUCUGAUUCCAAGGCAUUUGUGAGUGAUAUAUAUGAGGACCCAUCCCCGAUUUUAAAAAAGUCAGGAAGUCAUGCCAUUUGCAGUCAAGCUGGGAAAAAAAAUCCAGCACUAACCGAAAGUAUUUAAGAGGCCACUUAACUUCAGGUUGAUGUUACUGCGCGUUUUGACAUUUAAGCUCCUGAAAGGAAAGGAGAGAAGACACGUAAUAACUGAAAUGGAGGUGAAAUGGAAAUUAUUUGCUGUCAGUGUGCUGCUGCUUACACUGUACCACAGCCACGCUGCUGCUCUCAGCCUGAAGGAGGAUCUGGCUGAUUGUCUGGAGGACAAAGACUACAAGGUGUUGCUGGAGACUGUGAAGACCGGCCUCCCGCACAUUAACAAGUCCCAUCAUGUUGUUAUUGUCGGAGCUGGCAUGGCUGGACUCACAGCUGCAAAGUUACUGCAAGAUGCAGGACACAAGGUAACCAUAGUUGAGGCUAGUGGUCGUGUUGGAGGACGGGUGGAGACCUACAGGAAUGAAAAAGAGGGCUGGUAUGCUGAACUGGGAGCAAUGAGGAUACCGAAUUUUCACCGCAUCGUCAACUGGUUUGCUGAAGAACUGGGGGUCAAGCUGAAUGAAUUCAUCAUGGAUGACCCCAACACCUUUUACCUGAUCCAUGGCCUGCGGAAACGGACAUACGCAGUGAAAGCAAACCCUGAUAUCCUGGGAUAUAACGUGACGAAGAGCGAGAGGAAGAAGUCGGCCGACGAGCUGCUACAGCUGGCUUUGCAGAAGGUGAAAGAUGAAGUGGAGGCUCAUGGCUGCUGGGCUGCUCUGAAAAAAUAUGACCACUAUUCUGUGAAGGAGUAUCUGAAAGAAGAGGGAGGUCUGAGUCCAGAAGCUGUGAGAAUGAUUGGAGAUCUGCUCAAUGAACAGAGCCUUAUGUACACAGCACUGACUGAGAUGAUCUACGACCAGACUGACAUCAGUGACAACGUCACGUAUCAUGAAGUGACUGGUGGGUCAGACCUUCUCCCCAAAGCUUUUCUUAGUGUACUCGAUGGCCCGAUCUUACUCAACUCCAAGGUCAAGCGUAUCAGCCAGUCAGAUAAAGGUGUUGUCGUAUCAUACCAGGAAGGUCAACAGUCUUCUCUGAGGGACCUUCAUGCAGAUGUCGUCCUGGUAACAACCACAACCAAAGCAGCCCUUUUCAUGGACUUCCAUCCACCCCUCUCCAUUAGAAAGAUGGAGGCCCUGAGGUCAGCUCAUUAUGACAGCUCCACUAAAAUCAUCCUCACCUUCAAGGAGAAGUUCUGGGAGGAGGACGGCAUCCGAGGAGGAAAGAGCAUCACUGACAGGCCUUCUCGUUUCAUCUACUACCCCAGCCACAGUUUCCCAGAAAAUAGCACCAUCGGUGUCCUCCUGGCUUCCUACACCUGGUCCGACGAUUCCCUCCUCUUCCAAGGAGCGAGUGAUGAAGACCUGAAGGAGCUGGCUCUGAGAGAUUUGACCAAGAUCCAUGGCGAACACGUCAGGGCUCUCUGCACAGGGGUGGUGGUGAAGAGGUGGAGCUCAGAUCCCUACAGUUUGGGCGCCUUCGCUCUCUUUACUCCCUACCAACAUUUAGAGUACGCCAAGGAGCUCUUCAGACAUGAGGGCAGGGUGCACUUUGCUGGUGAACACACAGCCUUCCCUCACGCCUGGAUCGAGACAUCUAUGAAAUCAGCCAUCAGGGCCGCGACAAACAUUAACAAAGCUGCUCUAAUGAAUUCAGAUUCAACUGAAUGUCAAGUGCGAGAUGAGCUCUGGAUGCAUCCUGGAGAAUGUAGUCUGAGGAAAUAUUGUGGAAUAAAUGAAACAAAUACCACUUUCAUUGAAUAUUAAUCAAUAUAACCUCUCUGUGCAGUUAGAAAUGUGAAAAACUGUGUUUAAACUGAAGUGUUUCAUGAAGUAGAUUGAAAUAAAAUCUCCCAAACAACUUAAUUCAUAAAUGUAUAUUGAUAAUUAUACAUUUACAAAAAGCAUUUUUCCUCUUUUUACCCCCAAUUUUAGAGUCAACUUAUAACCAUAGUAUUCAAACAAAGCACCUUUUGGCUGCAAAUGAAUAAUCUUUUCUUCUUGCCUUAAUUAUGUUUCUACCUUUGUAUUAUGCAUAAUCAAUUGAUGUAAUAUCUGAAGCAAGCUAUGUAACCAUAGAAAUAAAACUAUAACACACCACAAUA